AUGCAUAGCGGCACAAAGGAUCGUUACGUAUCCAACCACGAGGGCAUGCACCAACGCAAGUCUGGUGCAUCGAGUCGGCCUUCAACCUUUAGUAGCAUACCCAUUCGAAACGCUGCAUCAUCUUCAAAAUCCUAUAAGGGCGAUCGAAAACCAAGCCGAAGCUCGUCAUCCAAUAACACGCCCGCCGAACUUGGCACCUCGCUCCCCAAGAACUUUCCAAAGCCAUUGACCUGCCACUUUUGGCACCAGAACGGACGGUGCAGCAAGCGAGAUGUCGAUUGUGCGUACGCUCACUAUGACACGGGCUUCAUAUCUAGCGCGCCUGUCACUCCGCUCGGAGCUUCCGAAGCCUUCGCUGGCAGGAACAUCGACAAGUACGCCAAGAAACUAGACAUGCCCAUGCCAUUGCUGGCCGAUCUACAGAAGCGGGAGAAUAUUGUGGCUGGAGGUGAAGCAGAACUGGAAGAGCGCCAGCAGACCCUCAGGCGACAAGAGGACGAGGUUAAAGACCGGGAGAGUACGGUCUUACGGCGGGAGAUUGAAGUAGAUGAGAAGGGGAGGAACGUCGAGAGGACGACGGCGAGCUUGGUGCGUAAGAGGAGAGAACUUAAGAUAUUGGACAAGAGCAUCAAGAGGAGGGAAGAGGCGUUGAGAGAGAAGAUGAUUUGA